CCGGCGUUCAAAAUUAAUAAGCAACUGAGAAAGAAGUGCCGGCGAUAAGAUAUGUCAAUAUUUGUAAAAUUGACUCCAUAAUCGUUCUAAUUUUUUCCUUACAUGUCAGAUUAAAUGGAGGAUGUAUAGCUGGAAAUUCGUACAGAAAUGUCUUCUUUUCACCAUAGUGUGUGUCUGUGUACUUUUUGCAUAUUGUUCUUAUACAGGUGACAGCUAUGGUUCAGAUGAAGAGUAUCCAACAAAUUUCGAUUAUGAAUGUAUCAGAAAUGGUUCUGAAGAAAUUUCUCAUAUUACCCAUAUCUGCUUCGAAGAACCUCAUGUAUUCUUCGUAGAGACAUCAAAGUCAACUAUUUUGACUCCACGUCAAGCUUGUGCAAUUGAAUCGACUGCAAGACAUAAUCCUUCUCUUGAAGUAUUGGUUCUUAUGACAGGCACAGAUCCUAUAAAGUUCGAUGACCCAUUGAUGAAAACUCUUAUUACUGUUCCUAACAUAAAAAUAAUUCAAAUCAAUAUAGAAGUUUUAUUCCAUGGUUCACCUCUCUUUGAUUGGUAUAGAGCUAAGAAGUGGGAAAAAAGCAAAUGGAAGGCAAGCCAUUUAAGUGAUGCAUUAAGAUUUUUUCUUGUAUGGAAGUAUGGAGGCAUGUACUUAGACACGGACAUUGUUACUUUUCAAUCCAUGGAGCAUUUAAAAAAUGUUGCUAUUACAGAGGACUGGAAUAGAGUUGCAUCUGGUAUACUGAUUUUUGAUAAAGGGCAUGACCUUUUAAAAAACUGCAUGUUUGAUUUUGCUGCAAACUAUGAUCCUUUUGAUUUUGUGAGUAAUGGACCUGGUGUUCUUACUCAUAACAUAAAAGCUUUCUGUGAUAUAAACAAUAUUGGUAAAGUUUCAGGUGCAAAUUGCAAUGUUGAUAUUCUCCCUCCAGAAGCUGCUUUUCCAAUACCAUGUGGUAAAUGGGAAGAAUAUUUUAUUCCUUCAUUUGUAAAAAAUGUUGCUGAUAAAUUUAAUUCCAGUUAUUUAAUCCAUGUAUGGAAUAAAUUCAGCAAGAAUCUUCAACUGCGUAUAGGAACAAAUAGUCUGUAUGAACUCGCUGUUAAACAACACUGUCCUAUUGUGUACAAAUAUGCUGAGCAGCUAGGUUAUAUGUAAUAGAAUCUCCGUCCGUACACAGGGUAUCCAGUUGAAAAUUAUUCAGAAUAAUGAAAAUAUUCUGACAAAUUAUUAUGUAUUUUUCUGGUUUAUGCCAUUACAGAAAAGCUCUCACUCCUUUUUCUUACUUAUAGUUGCAGAAAGAGGUUCACUAACUGUAGAUGAAUUCAUUAACAAUUUUGUCAUUAUAGGAUGAGAUUUUUUUGUGUUGUGUCCAUUAGAGUGCAGUACAGAAGACAUCCUCCAAAAGGUGUUUAUAAGAUCAGGUGUUUAAGAAAUUCUGACAAUCAAUGGCCACUCAAAAAGCUUUAUUGAUCAUUAGAUUGGAUUUAUAUGGACUUGUUUUGGCACUUACAUGUUAUCCCAUCGAAUGUGAAACUUAUCAAGCAGGGUGAUUUAGUGCCAGUAAUGGAUAAGUGUCAUUUUAUAUAACACACUUGUAAUCUCAGCACUUUCAUUUGAUGUAACCCACAUUGAUUCUUGAUAGGCCAGCUUUUGUUUUUUUAUGAGCAAGGAUAUAAAUUACUGUUACUGCUGUAUUUUUUCCUUGCAUUUUGAAUAAAAUGAAUUCAGAGACUGUAGAAUCACAUUUGUGACCAAACUCUGCUUCAUUGACAGCUGGUUGAAGGAAUUAACAUCUCUUGAAAGGUAGAAAAAAAGAGCUGGCUACUAUUUCUGACAUUCUGACAGAAGAAAAUCAAGGGCCUAACAGAAUAAUAGAAAUCAACAAAAGCCUUUACGAAGGGUAAAAAUGGAGCAGAUCAAAUACUUCCUCAGCAGUGGGUAUUUGGUAGACUGUGCAGAGAAACUGAUGUUUUAUUGUAAGUUGCAGACAGAAGUGCAGCUGAGAAUUCUGCAUUGAACAAUUGGCACAACCUUGGUGGUAUCUGUGUCUAAUUUCAUAGUUCUGUACUAGCAAACUUUCACGGUUGACGAGAUAAUACAUAAAUACUCUUUUUAAACACAUUAUUUGUGAGAUCAACCUGAACAAAUGUUAUUAUCCGAAAGAUUCUGCAACUAUUGUUACUCCAAACAUUCUUUACUUGGGCUGAGGUUAUCUGCAUUAUUAGCUGGAUUAUUAGCUAGCAUAACAUUGUGAACAGUGGUGGUUCCAGUGAAAUAACUUGUUUUGGCACAGUGAAAUAACUUAGUUAUAGGUAAGAGAAAACUUUACUGAGAAUUUUCCGUGAUAUAAAUUUGUUGUUUUGGAUAUUUUUCAUCUGAAAACCCUGUAUUCUCAUAAUUAUAUCUAGAAAAUUUGUUAAAAAUGGCUUAUUAAAGUAAAAAGUUAUUUUACACUUUACUGUGAUUAUCCAGCCAGCCGUCCAUAUAAAGAAAAACUAGUUUUCUAUUGUAUAUAAAUAAAAAUGGUUUACGUGAUGAUGAACUGUUAAUCAAUGCAUGUUAUCAUUUAUGUACAUAAUCAGCUAUUAGUAUAUAAUGGAUUUCCAGAAAUAGUCAUAUAUAUUGCUCAUUUGUAAACUUGUCAUGCUGCAGUUGCAACAUGAGAUAAAUUGCUGCGAUAAUAACAUAUGGUAAAUUGAAUUUAACAUAUUGGUUAUUUUAAACAUGUAUGUACACUGCAGGAAAAAAAAUGGGAUAGUUCCUAUAUCUCUCGUUCUACUGGUCCGAUUGACGAAAUUCAAAUUGUGUUUUUCAUAUCUCGAAAGCGCAACUGAUAUAGCAAUGUUCUGACAGGCAUUUUGACACAAAAUUGGACUUUUUCUGAAAUAACGUGCCAUUUUUAUACCAUACUUCGAUUUUACGACUUAAAUUAUGCCUAGAUAUUAAAUUUUGUGCGAAAUUUACGGAGAAAUUCAAACAUUUAUCUUGGCAAAAUUUUUUUCAGUUUGGCCAAGAAUAAUUCACUUGGCGAACAUCUUUAAUAUAUGGCAACCAAUUUUCCUUUCCCUUCCAUUGUGCCAGAGCGGGAAAAAAAGUACCUCGUUCCUACCUUUUUACAUUGUGUAUGAACGGGGGAAAGUUACAUCAUUUCUACUUUCAAAUAAUUGUAGCAGUCUAAACCACAUCUGAUGUUUUAUUGCUUUCAACAAAUAUGCCAAAUUUCAAAAGGCACCAAUAUAUAAAUUCACGUAUA